ACUUUCUCCGACAUUCAGUAUCUUCAUCCUCUUCGAAAAGAGAAAGUGUUUUUAUUCGUUCCCCUUCCGGCCCUGUUCCCUAAAAAGCAGCAAAGGGAAGAAGUUAAAAAAAGGAAGAAGAGACAUUAUAAGAUAUUUAUUGAAAGAAAUAGAACUUUUUAUUUCUGAAGCACAAUAAGAAAUAAUUUAUGUUGCCAACAAGUAUUAUGAAAUAACUUUUAAGAAUUUUCGAAAUAUUUCCACUGAAUUCUCAACAGGUCGAUGGCCGUAACUGUGACCCAGAGUCAACUGACUCUAACUAGUGGAAGAGAUAGAUUUAGAAACCCACCAUGGUGGAACAGAAGGUCGAGAUUGGAAAGGAUAUUGUGUGGUGUAUCUGGAAUAUGCCUCGUCAUGUGCACAGCCAUGGCUAUAGCGCUAGCCAUCAUAGGAUAUCAUUACCAAACAUUGAAAACAGGUAGCAGUUCGGGCGAGAUUAGUUUACCGGGUAGUGCAGAUAAAUUAGUGUAUUCACUCUACAAUGUGAUCACCCCACCACAUGCUGUUGGCAUUUGCCUCAAACCAGGCUGCGUCAAAGCAGCUGCGACAAUAUUGAAUAAUAUCAAUGAAGAAGUAGAACCUUGCGAGAAUUUCUACGAGUUCGCUUGUGGAGGGUGGCUGCAGAAGCAGCUCAUACCAGAUGACCGAUCGGCAGUAUCCGUCUUCUCACUCCUACAGGAUGAUCUGGAUUUGUUACUCAGAGCAAUGGUAGAAAAUGGAAUUAAGGACACCGAUGCUCAGUUCGUUAGAAACCUUAAAAGCAUGUACGAUUCCUGCAUGAAUACAACCGAAAUUGAAAUGCUCGGCAACGAACCCCUGGAUAAAAUCGUGAAACAAGUGGGUGGCUGGCCAGCCGUCGAAGGCGACAAAUGGGAUGCCAACAAAUUCGACUGGAUGGAAAUCCUGUUUAAUCUGAGGAAAGUUGGCUUUGGUCACAACAUCCUCUUCUCUCUGUCCAUUGGUCCCGAUAUAAGGAACAACACAAGGCAUAUCAUAGAUCUCGAUCAAGCAGGCCUAGGCAUGCCGGAUCGCAACUACCUGUUGAAAGGAAUGGAGGAUCCCCUUGUUGCAGCCUACUAUCAGCUAAUGGUUGACAGUGCUGUACUUCUUGGUGCCAAUAAGACGAGAGCAACAGAGGAAAUGAAAGCUGCUUUGAACUUCGAGAUGGCUAUAGCUAAUUUUUCUGUUCCGAGAGAAGAAAGACGUAAUAUCAGUCGUCUUUAUAAUAAAAUGACUGUGAAUGACCUGUACACACUGGCGCCUGGGAUCAACUGGGAAAAAUAUUUUAACAAGAUUCUUAUGGAUAAAAUUCCACGAACCGAAGAAGUCAUUGUCAUCGUACCAGAUUAUGUACAGAGUAUGGAAAAGCUUUUGCAGUCAACAGAUAAAAGAGUCAUAGCGAAUUAUCUGAUGUGGCGUGUCGUCGGACAAGCUUUUCCUACUCUGCACAGAGCAUGGGGUGAGAUAUCUCAGCAUUACAGCAGUAUUUUAACUGGAAAAGUCCGCCAAGAAGCCAGAUGGGAGCACUGCUUGGCGACACUCUCCGGAAGUCUUAGCACCGCUCUGGCCUCCCUCUACGUGAAGAACCACUUCAAAGAUGGCAGUAAAGACUUGGCCCUGGAAAUGGUCAAUUACAUCCACAGAGAAUUUUUGAAUGUCUUGCAUGAGGUUGACUGGAUGGACAGCAGAACUAAGGCAAGAGCUAAGGAAAAGGCUGAAAACAUGGCAACAUAUAUUGGUUAUCCAAAUGAACUAUUAGAAGAGUGGAAAGUAGCUGAAAUUUAUGAUGGUCUUCACUUGAAUUCAACCAGCUAUUUUGAAAACGUACGAAUUUUAAGAAAAUGGGCUACUGACUACGUACUCUCCAAACUCAGAAAACCAAACGUCAAGGGAGACUGGAAGAAACGAUCAGCUGCAGCUGUUGUGAACGCGUUCUAUAACUCGAUCGAAAAUAGUAUUGAAUUUCCUGCUGGGAUAUUGCAAGGAAUAUUUUUUGACAAAGACAGGCCAAAUUACUUGAAUUUUGGAGCUAUUGGAUUUGUUAUCGGACAUGAAAUCACUCAUGGUUUUGACGAUAGAGGUCGGCAGUUUGAUAAAGAUGGUAACAACAUCAACUGGUGGGAACCGGAAACCGAUUUAACCUUCCGAGACCGAGCCCAGUGCAUAGUGGAUCAGUACGGAAACUAUUCGGUUGGAGAAGUUGGAUUGCAAGUGAAUGGCAUCAACACGCAAGGCGAAAACAUAGCAGACAACGGUGGCAUCAAAGAGGCAUUUAGGGCCUACCUGCAGUGGGUGCAGGACCAUGGAGCCGAAGACUUCUUACCUGGUAUCAAAUAUACACCGACGCAGCUCUUCUGGAUUAGUGCCGCCAAUGUAUGGUGCGGCAAAUAUCGUCCCGAAGUUUUGAAGUUGCGGAUUAUGACCGGAUCUCACAGUCCAGCUCCGUACAGGGUGAUUGGUCCACUGGCGAAUACUCCAGAAUUUGCAAGAGAGUUUGGAUGCCCUCUUGGAUCACCAAUGAAUCCUGUGAAGAAAUGCACUGUGUGGUAGAUAAAUAAAUAUGUUGUGCCGUCCAGUUCACCCAUCGCUGUGAAUAAUGCAUAUAUAUAUUCACCGUUUCUGUCAUACCGAUUUUAAAUGAUCCUGUGAUCGCCGCCAUCUUGAAAUGCUUGUGAUGUUUUUCGUAUCGUCUGUAUUUAACAUAAAUAACUGCUGCCCUCUAUUGGCAGAAAGGAGACAUAUCUCCUCUGAUCUUUGAUGUGUGGUUUGCACUUGAAGAAACUUAAAAUGAACUUCCACUCGAAACCUGUGUCAAAGAAUAUUAUCUACUUAAUUGAUAUCUAUAUAUAUAUAUAUAUAUUGCUGUUUGUUGUUUUGUAAAUCAAUAUCUCUAUGAAGUACUUAAUGUCAUGCGUAUUUGUUGAGAAUAUAUACCUCUUUUUUUCCCCAUUAUUUUGUGAUGAAAUCAUUUGUUUAUAUUUAAAAAUUUAUUUAAAUUAUUUUUACUGUAUUACGUGUGAAAAUAAUUAGAAAAUUCUCCUUUCUUUUUCUCGUGAAUGAUUUAAUUUACAGUUCAAGGUUUUCAUUUUCUCGUUCCUUAACAAUAGCGUUUGUAGCGCCAACUUUUGUGUAGAAAGGAAAGUAUAAUUGAGAAUUAAUUACUAUUUGUAACAUUCCAUGUUACGAAAUAUAUGUUAUAGAUAAAUAAUUUUUUUACGUAUCAUACUUAAAAAUAUCAGUGUAUUAAUUCGUGUAUUAUAGAAGGAUUUACGUUAUUUUCACAUUUGAGAUUUGGAUCUUCCUGUCUUUGUUGUUAGUUGCUUCUAAUAUGUAAAAGUAUGCUGAUAUCUGUAAAUGUUUGAAAUGUGAAUAAACUUUUUAUUUUGUUUUUC